AUUUUGUUUUUCGAUAACGCACAAACCAAAAAAAUCAUUGAACAUCCAAAACCCUAAAUUUACAUUUCCAUUUUCCUCUCUCAAUCAAAAUUCCGAAAAAGAUAAGAAAAAUCAAAUCCAACGAAAGCUGGUUUUUGUUUCAUUUUCGUAUCUCGGGCUUUUUCCUCUCUUGUACAUUUGUAUUUUUUAAUGUGUUCUUAGCUUUAGUUUCUUUUGUUCGUUUUGUUUUCAGGAAGCAGACUCGCUUUGAGUGGAAGAUUAUUGGGUCUUUUUUUUUUAAAAAAUUUGUUUGGCGUUUCUUCAUUGUGGGCUGCUCUGCUUUUUUGGCGCUUUUCUUUCUAUAUGUCUAAUGGUGGGUUUUGUGUUGUGAAAUUAGGGUUUCACAUAUAUCCCAUUCUGUUUUCAGCCUUUUGGUGCUUUCCGGCUGCCUGACAAUAUUCCUGGUUUCUCUUGUACCAUUGUUGUUUCACUGCGAGAUUUCAAGGAUUACAAAUUGAAUUUUAUGUUUUGUUAAGGAUUGUGGUAGUGAUAUUAAUUGGAAAAGAUGUCAUCAAAAUAUCCAAUUCUAGACAAUCGCCCAAUAGAUCAGUGGAAGGUUACUGAACUAAAAGAAGAGCUUAGGAGGCGGAAAUUGACAACAAAAGGUUUGAAGGAUGAUCUGAUUAGACGUUUAGAUGAAGCACUUCGCAUUGAGAGGGAAAAUAAUGAGGACUUGGACACUGAAACUAUUUCGGAUGAGCAACCUGUGGAUGGUACAAAAGUUUCUGAGGCAGUGCCAAUUGUUACUGAAAUUGCUAAAGUUGAUAUGAAUGUUGUUGCUGCGAAAAUUGAGAGCGUGGGUGAUGUUAAGGUUCAGGUUGAUAUCAAUGAUGGUGCAGAAGCCAGGGACCAAGAACUUGCGGAAUGUGUCACAAGAACUGAUACAAUUUCUUCUAGGGAUGAAGGGGAGAUCACUAUUCCUGCUGUUGCUCUGGAGGUCAGCACUACAGUUUCCGAGAGUGUGGCAUCUGGAGUAACAAUUGGUGCUUCAGAUGCACAAAAUCCUCAAGCGCCUGAACUGAAUGUGAAUUCCAAGUUCCAGCUUGAAAAUCAGGAUUCUAAGCCUCAGCUGGAAGGUGAGGAAUGCAAGACUCAGCUGGAGAAUUCCAAGCUUCAGCUGGACAAUGAGGAUUCAAAGCCCCAGCUGGAGAAUGAGGAUUCAAAGUCCCAGCUGGAGAAUGAGGGGUUGAAGCCUCCACACGAGGAUGUCACGCUUGACUCUUCUACUCCGAACAACCAGGUAUCUGAGGUCAGCCCUAAUUUAGGGUUUCAAGUAAAAUCUGAUUCUAUUUCUACUGAUUCUGUGUCAAUUAAUGAAAAGAUUGAACUAAAGGAUAACAUAAUUACUGAUAAUGUCCAAUUAGAACUAGAUAUUGUUAAGCCAGAGAUGGUGGAACCAUCAUCCAAUAGUGUUGUGCCAGUUGGUGGUGAAUCACAUCCAAUGGAUGUUGAGGAGCCACAAGAGAAGAAGACAGUUGAAGAGAAAGAUGACAGCAAUGCUACAAAUGCAGAUAUGAGCAAGAAAAAUGAUAUUGUUGAUGUGGGGUACUCGGAAAAGUUAAAUUUAGACAGAAGUUCUGGUGAUGACUCUAUGGAGGAAGAUGUUGUGGAGAGUAAGCAAAUUGAUUCAAAGUAUAACUCUGAUGAUGUGGGAGACAAAAGUGAGAAAAGUGAAAUGCAUGUUGUGAAGGAGGAAAAUCUUGUUGAUGUUGUAGGGAACAAGCCGUCUAUUGAUAAUAAGGAAAUGCGUGUUGAGAAUAAAGUUCAUCCUCCUGUGCCUGCUGAGAAAAGAAAGCUUAAUGAUCAAAAUGCUGUUGGAAGUACAGAGCCUGUAAAGAGGCAACGCAGAUGGAAUUCUGAAAGCCUAAAAGUACCUGAACCACAAAGCUCUAAUCCAGCACCAUCCACUACCCCUAAGGAUGCAUUUCAACCUGCUCUUUCAAGACGCAACUUUUCUCGCUCUGACUCCUCUGUUAGCAAUGAGGAUGCACCAAAGGAACGUGUUGUUCCACCAUCUCAAAGACCUCCAACAAAUUCUCUAAGAAUUGAUCGCUUUGUACGUCCUUUUACCCUGAAAGCUGUCCAAGAAUUUCUAGGCAAGACUGGGACCAUAACCAGUUUCUGGAUGGAUCACAUCAAAACCCAUUGCUAUAUAAGUUACUCAUCUGUAGAAGAAGCUGUGGAGACACGGAAUGCAGUGUAUAACUUACAGUGGCCUCCAAAUGGCGGGCGUCUUUUAGUGGCUGAGUUUGUUGAUCCCCAUGAAGUGAAACUGAAAGUGGAGGCUCCUCCUCAUUCUCCGGCUACACCAGUGACUCCAAGUGCUACUGCAGCUCCACUCUCGCAGCCUCAGCCCUCUCCCCGUCAGCAGGUUUCUAGGCAGCAACUUCCACCCCCACCUCCCCUUCCACCUCCACCACCUCUAUCCAACCCGCCUCUGGCCAAGGAGCGUGUUGCCCAUCUGCCACCGCCACCUCCACUAAUUCCAGAGAAACAUGACCCUCCAAUUGUUACUCUAGAUGAUCUCUUUCGGAAAACCAAAGCAACUCCCCGGAUCUACUAUCUUCCGUUGUCAGAAGAACAAGUUGCAGCAAAACUUGCGGAACGGGGAAAAAAUGCCAACCAGUAGGGAUCAAGCUACUAUUUACCUCCGUGGCUGCUCUUAGGAAUUUCUUAUGGGAUGGUCAGUAUCUUAGAUAAAUGGUUAGAUAGUAUCACAUAAUUGCGUCUUUGCAGGUCUGCAGGUGUUGCUUGUAGAAGGAAAUGCCCUGGCCAAGCAGAGGGAUGUGGUUCGCUGUUGGAUUUGGGUUUUCUGGAGGCUGCCUUUUGUUAAUGCUUUAAGUUUUUAUUAGUGCUAGGAAACAUUUGAAUUGAGAGCUCUGUAUUCAAGCGGAUCCACCUAUCGUACGGUCAUAUCAUGUUUUGCUGUUGAAAAGAAUUCUAUCUACUUGUGGUCAUCUUGUUUUACCUUUUCAGAGGAAUUUUAACUUCAGAACAAACUAAAAUGGUGGAAUCUGACUUCUGAUGAUAAUCUUUUA